UGUCAUUGCGUUGUUUCAAAUAAGUUAUUUCUGCAGAUAGAAAUUUCUGGAUACCAAAUCUUGAUUUUUACUUAAGUAAGAUUUAACUUAGUAGUAAUUUAACGGCAUAAUGGUUAUUUGUAAAUAUUUUUUGCGCGGCCAGUGUUGGUAUGGUUCUAAAUGUCGUGAUGAGCAUGUUGAUAUUAAAUACGACAUAAAAACUGAUAUAAAAAAGGCAGUUCAUGGCAAACAGUGGCAAUUGUCGUGCUAUGGACCGUUCAAAGGUAAGCCGUGUAUACCAGAUUAUAUUGAAGAUGUGUCGUUUGAAGAAAUUCGUCUGGAGUAUUACAAAGUUAAACAGACAAAUGAUUUUGCAAAGGUUCAUCAAGCCGUCACUAUGCAAUUUGAGGAAGCAAAUAACAAAAUGAAAGCUCUUUCGAAGGUAACUGCUAAAACUGUAAAAAUGUUAGUCAAUAUUUAUGAACAUAAUGACAAGUCUGUUAUGACUGACAAACCUAAAACCCAUCAAAAUAUUUUUGGAGGCAGUGAUUUAAAAGCUAUGCGCAAUAUUGCGUCGGUUGGUGAUAUGCCUGUAGAACAGAGUUUUGGGUCCAUUUUUAAAAAAUCAUACGUACUGGACUCAAAUUCAAUUUUUAGUGGUUCCCACACCAAUUCUUUGUUCAAACAACAAAAUUCUGAAAUGCAAGCACCGAGCAGUUAUAUAAAUUAUUUUGGACAAGCUUCAAAUAUUGAACCACAAAAACAGUCUCUUGGUGCAUUCGGUCAGCAGCAACAGCUACAAUACACGAAAUCAAUAUUUGAACAAGCUAACGGUGCAAAUAAUAUAUUUAAUUCAAAUUCUCCAAGUAUCUUUUCUAAUCAAUUUAUACAAAAUGGUGUACAAAAUCAGUCGACUACCACACUUUCGCAAAGUGAAAUGCAGCAGAUACUACCGCCAUCUCCUGAACCAAUGUUAGUGGAUGAAGAGCCUGAGGAGCAGUCGUUUCAGUAUCUGAUGCAAUGAUCCCAGUGACUCAAUUAUAUACAACUUGAGGCUUUCAAUUCAGAUUCAUUUACUACAGGAAAUGUGUCAACGAAACCACAACCAAAAACGUUCAUUAAUGCAUGCAUAUUAAAUAAGAAUAUAUCACAUCUCGAGUUUCAUAGGACUUGAGUUUACUUUUGUAAUCAAUCUAGAAAAUCCAAAUAUAUUUGUUUGGAUAAAAAUGAAAAGAUGGGUUAAGGGCGUAAUAUGAGACGUUCAUAAAAUAUUACUUUACUGAUUUUUACUAAUGAUAUCUCCAACAACUUUGCAGAGUUAUUAUUCAAGAAAUAUGAAUAUCUAUUACAAAGUAAGAUCACCA